GUCGGUCAGUCCGGUAGAAACAGAAGGGGCGGGACUUUUAUCUGAGUGUGUGGGUAGACUCAUUGCGGCGUCCAGAAAAUAGAUAAACAGCAUGCUAACCUUAGACGCAACUAAGUUACAAACUUAUCCAACUAGAUACUUACACACCAAAUUGUCAAACAGAAGAUGACAGAGAGGAGCCGCGCGCUUGUCUAGUGAUUUACAUGCGUUUGUCCUGCAACCCAUCACGGACAGCAAGCUAGUUAGCAACAUGAUGAUGGCCAGCUGAACAUUGUUAUGCCAUCAGCUUUUGGUAUUAUUGCGAUCACUGUUCAAUGACUUGACCUACAUGCUUUGAAUGUUGCUUUUUCGUGCAUCCUUUCCACAUGCACUUCAAAAAAUGACUGUGGUGUUUGUCCGCCAUCAAGCUAAGCUAACAGCACAGGAGUAGUAACGUUACGCAUGGGCCAAACCCCUUUCACAUUAGCUCGCAGCUAACCAGCCGCUGGAUCUACCAGUUUGGACCAGAACGUGGAGAGUUUCUAGGAAGAUCCUCGGUGCACGUCGAACAAGCAGAAUGUUGGUUUGCAGAAACCCACGGAUCAUUUCCUUAGACAUUGAUCGAGAUCUACAUUGACCCUAUAACAACGAAACAAACCCCAAUCUUUCUAUAUUGGCUGCAAAAUGCACAUAGUAAUCUGAGGCCUUGGUCUGCUUUGUCAGUUUCAACGAUGUAGCUUUGCAACCUACGUGCUUUUUUGUGGCAUAAGUACAAGGACAAUAACGAUGAACAAUCAAGGAACCAUGUCGCAAGAGAAGAUGGAGCUGGACCUGGAUAUCCCAUCGACACUUGUUCAGAGUGAUGGCCACUUGAGACGAUCUAACAGCGAGCCCAUGAUAAACGGCCUAAGUGAUGCUUCACAGGUGUUCCAGAGAGAGGUUCUCCGCAGCAGAAGAAACAGUACUACUGUUGUUCGACCUAUUGUGGUUCCAUCUUCGCCAGUACGUGUUCCUAGCACAAGACUACAGCGAAUCAAACAGGAAGAGGGUGUUGAUGUGAUGAACCGUGAAACUGCCCAUGAACGAGAGGUGCAGGCAGCCAUGCAGAUGAGCCAGUCUUGGGAGGAGAGUCUUAGUCUGAGUGAUAAUGAUCUUGAGAAAUCUUCUUCGUCAUCUCCAAAGAGGAUUGAUUUUGUGCCCGUGUCUCCUGCUCCGUCACCCACCAGAGGGAUUGGAAAGAAGCAGUGUUUCUCGCCAUCUCUUCAAAUUCUGGUGAGCAGUAACGGCCUGACGCCCAGCCCUGUUCCCAGCCCAACACGCCGCUUCAGCAGGAGGAGUCAGAGCCCGAUCAACUGCAUCAGGCCCAGCAUUAUGGGCAACCUCAAACGCAAAGGUGAAAUGGAGACAGAAAGCCAACCCAAGAGACUUUUUCAGGGAACCACCAACAUGCUGUCCACAGAGGUGUCCCACUUGCCUGAACUUAACACUUGUCUGUCUCCUGAUCUUCUGGACGGGAGUCUCAGUAGCGUUGGCUCCUCCGAUUCGCCCGCCAAGAUGGAAGGAGUGUCGCCCUCCUCCAGUAACUCUCCCCUCACACCCCUUCAGGAUUUUUCCCCUAAGUGAUCCGCCGAGCGUCACAGACAGAGAGGGACUGGGACCGCUUUUCUUCCACUCAUUCAUUCUUUUUCAAUGCCUUCCCCACAUGGCUUCUGUUCUUUUCCUGAUUUGUCCUGUUGCAUUUAAAGGAAUGUGGCCUAGGAGUGUAUUCGGUAUGGGACAGACUCUAAGGGCAUGGGGAGACUGUGGAUGCUUUUUGCAUCAGCUGCUAUAAUUACAUGUGAGACGUGGUGUGUAGAUCUGCAUCAAAGCGAACAGCGUCGCAGAGGAAGAUCUCUGAUUUUUUUUUUUUUUUUUGGUCUCUCAAUUUGGCAAUUAUCUUUUUGAUAUGGCUUUGAAAAGAAAACUGCAACUACAGGCGUGUUCUUUGAUUUCCAAUCUUAGCUUACCAGCAGGUAUAGUACGUGUGUGAAUUUAAUUUAUUUUUUGGGCGUUUUUUUUGUAUGUAAGUAUGUACAUAAGAUUUGUGGCAAAAUGUGCAGAGGCAAAAAGCUUGACCGUCAAACUGACAGCCGCCUCUUCUGGAGUUUUAAUAGCGGUGCAACUGCACUUUAAAGGGGCUGAAUAUCAUUUUGGGCUUUGUUCUGAAUCUGCGCAUUUAAUUUUUCAGGAAUUGCCUUUUCUUGAUUUUCAAAAAUAGGUGGAGGAAAUGUAUUUUUCAAAGAGCUUGGCACUUCGUUCUGUUAAAAUGGUUUAUGGUUGCUGUACACAACUAUGCAGAAGGGAUUUAAUAUUGCAUCUGUUAGUAACCACUAAAUCCUUGAUUUGAACACUAGAGAGACUAAAAUGCCUGUUUGUCAACCUAAAUAUGUGCGUACAACUGUUACUUUCACAGCUUUCAGAGAAUGGAGCAAAACAUCCGGGCUGGGUUGAGUGAUUGUAAUCAAGCAAAUGGAAGCAUUUGGAGGAGAAUGCAGGGUUUUUUCCAGUGUUUUUCAGAGGCUGUUAACAGUGACCCCUUUGGCAGUUUAAUAGUUAAGCAGAAGUGCGUAAAGAUGAAACCCUUCCCAUCAAGAGUUAUUUGUGGAAUUAAAACGUUUUAAAUGUAAUCUACUGAUGCUUAAAUGGUGUGCCAUUUAAAUUUGUAUAUAAGAGAAAUUGUACAACUGUAGAAGUUUGGGGUUUUAGUUACUUUAGGAAAUGGUAUUUUCUUGUAAAUUGUUUUUUCUAAAUUUCUUUGGAAGAAUGCUUUAUUUCCUCAAGCAUGAGAUAAUGUAUCAUAAAUUAAUUUUUUUGUCCAAAAAAGUGAUUGUAAAAUAUUUUUCAUUCAAGUGGAUUAAAAGUUUGUUGUUUUUUUUUCCACAUAAGAAAAGAUGAAACUGCAGUGUAAGUCCUUUUCUGAAUGUCUUUGCAAACAAAAAGUGGGUCAUGUAGAUCCAGAUUCUGUCCUGUAGUAAUGGGUGAAAUGUAUUUGUAGUUUUCUUUGGAUUGUUUUUGUCCUGUGGACGUGUUGAAUUCUUUAUUUAAUGAUUUUACUCUGUCCUGUUGACUUGUGCAGUAUUUUUAAAGCCUGUGCAUGUGAACUCAGAGGAGGACCUGAGAGCUGUUGUGAGUGUGCAGUUCUCUACUCUUCCGAAACGAUUCUUGUUCCCAUCAUAUCAGAGACUUUCAGAUCCCAGAAAUAAAUUAUUUGUCCAGCUA